GCGCGAUGGCGGGGGCACGGCGCGGCGGGCCCGGGCCGGCGGCGCAAAAUGCGGGCGGCGCGGCCCGCGGCUCCCGCCGAAAGCGGGUGUGGAGGCCCGUGUUGCUGCGCGACGUCGUGGGUAGCGUCCGGGAGGGACGAGGAUUUGCAUUUCGGAGAAAACAAGUGAUCGAAAGACAAUACAGGAAAUAUCUGAAGAGAAGAAAGGUCCAUUCGCAACAGGAUGAUCAGUUUACUGAUACUUAUCCAGAGCACUUGAAACAUCUGUACCUAGCUGAGGAAGAAAUGCUCAAGAAAAGGCGUAGGGCUCCAGAUGAUUCAGUUUUAUCAGAAGAAAGACUUAAUAAAGCAGUAGAGCCAGUUAUGACUGAAGGGAAGUUUAAGAAGAAGACAUCCAGUCAGAAGGCAAAAGAAGAGUAUGAGAAAAUACUGACUGAGCGUGCUAGAAAGAAAGAGGAAGCAGAAAAAAGAAAACAACAAAGAGAAGAAGCUCAACGGUUGUACAAGCAAAAGAAAAUGGAAGCUUAUAAAAUAUUGAGUAAGAGGACAAAAAGAGGACAGCCAAAUCUCAACUUGCAAAUGGAGUUUCUUCUUCAGAAAAUACAGCAAAAAACAUAAACCUCUGCAUAUAUCUGAAUUGCAGGUUUUGAGUUACCUGUGGAUGUUUUAUUAAAUUACUUGUAAUAAAGAAUGUCUUUUUGCUUCUA